AUGCCUGUGCCUCUGCUCCCGCUGCUGCUUCGAACGCUGCUGUCUCGACUGCUGCUGCCUGCAGCCCGCCUGGCCCGCCAGCACCUCCUGCCCCUGCUGCGUCAACUGGCCCGCCGCCUGGGCUCCCAGGACAUGCGAGAGGCUCUGCUGAGCUGCCUGUUGUUCGUCCUCAGCCAGAGACACCCGCCAGAUGCUGGGGAGGCUUCCAGCGCGGCCAAGCCUGAGAGGAGGGAGAGGCUAGCCCCACAAAAAUAA